AGUUAUGCCUAUAACUCUGUGAUAUCUAUCUAUUCUAUUACUAUUCUAUUGUGUAUAGCCUACGCUUUCAUGUCGAAGAGAGGUCCCGAAGAGUUACUGUCGUCAAUUCAUGGAACCAUCUUAGCACCAGUGAUGACAGUCGAUUCGGAACCGAAAAAGGCCAAACUCGAUCCGACUGCUUUAUAUACGCAGUAUAUUAGUCAGAUGAACGGUCUUACAACAGCACAAUUAUUGGCUGGACAACCACUAGCACAGAUAGCUUCUGCACCCAACACCCACUGCACAGCCACCUCGUCGAGCACCCCUCGUUCACGCGUUGUUCAUAUAAGAAACAUACCUCCGGACAUGGUCGAUGUGGAGCUGAUACAGCUAUGCGUCCCCUAUGGUCCCUUAUCUAAUUACAUGAUGCUCAAGGGUAAAAGUCAGGCAUUUGUUGAGUACGAAGACGAACACAGCGCUGUCGGUUUUGUCACGUCAAUGAAUGCCGUACCGAUUCAGAUUCGUGGCAGGACCAUAUUUGCGCAAUACAGUACGCAUCAAGAACUUCGACUCGACAAGAAUCGUUCGUCACAGGAAACUGGCGCCGACGGUCUUCCCAUCUCCAAUGGCAGCUCGAUCUCGACUCUGGACAUAUCCGGAGGUACGCAACAAGCGCCGAAUAGCGUGUUGCGAGUGAUCAUCGAGAAUAUGAUCUACCCGGUCACAUUAGAUGUGUUGCAUACGCUCUUCUCUCGCUAUGGCAAAGUGCUGAGGAUCAUAACAUUCAACAAGAAUAACACGUUUCAAGCACUGGUGCAGAUCAGCGAAGCGAAUGCCGCUCAGUUGGCCAAGCAAAACCUCGAAAACCAAAACGUUUACAACGGGUGCUGUACGUUGCGUAUCGACUACAGCAAACUAAGCACACUCAAUGUGAAGUACAACAACGACAAAAGUCGGGAUUAUACUAAUCCCAACUUGCCCUCAGGAGAAAUCAGCCUUGAACAGCAACUCGGUCUCGGAAUUCCUGGCUUGCAAUCAUUGCUGCCGACGGCAUCUCCAUAUUCAUUCGCUUUCGGUGCCAAUCCUGCUACGACAUUUAUACCUCCAACCUUAGGCGCAGAUGCGACAGCUUUAUCGCAAUACUUGCCGUCCUUAGGUGCGUUAAGUGGUGCAGUUGGUGGCCUCACACCCUCAUCGCUUACCUCGCUACGAUUCCCUGUGAAUAUUCUUAGCAUCACAUCGGUCGUUCUUGUAUCAAAUUUAGAUGAAAAUAAAGUGUCGCCGGACGCUCUGUUCACUUUAUUUGGCGUUUACGGCGACGUAGUACGUGUGAAGAUUCUAUACAACAAAAAGGAUAAUGCCUUGAUACAGUAUUCGGAACCGCAACAAGCACAACUUGCCAUGCAACAUCUGGAUAAAAUACGUUGGCAUGACCGAGUGAUAAGGGUAGCCCCAUCAAAGCAUAACAAUGUACAGCUGCCCAAAGAAGGCCAACCAGACGCGGGUCUAACAAGGGAUUAUUCCCACUCCCCUCUGCAUCGUUUCAAGAAACCAGGAAGCAAGAAUUACAUGAACAUCUAUCCGCCUAGUUGCACCUUGCACCUGUCAAAUAUUCCACCAAAUAUCUCCGAAGAGACCCUGACUGAGGCUUUCGAGCAGAACGGUUUCCAAGUGAAGGCAUUCAAAUUCUUCCCGAAAGACCACAAGAUGGCUUUAUGCCAACUCGAAGAUGUGGAGACGGCGAUUGAUGCACUUAUUGCUAUGCACAACCACAAACUCGCUGAAAAUGCGCAUUUGCGGGUCUCAUUCUCCAAAUCCGGAAUCUAGUCGGGCUUAGCAAUUAUGAAGAGCCAUCCCGUUCACCCGUUGACCAAAGGUUCGUGAAAUGGGAGAUCUAGGAGCGUGUAGAGAUUCGGUGCUACUAUAAUGUUGAUCACACACGGUUUGACCUACAGAAGCAAAAAACAACGACAAAUGGGGUAUAACCCCGCCUUAUGCGGAAAUACCGUAAUCUAACCGUAACCUGACCGUAACCCCAUCAUCAUCAUAUGUUGCUCUUUCGCGCCUCCGCGCCUAUGUGUUGCAAACGAAUUUUAUUUUGUAUUUUGAGACGAGUAUGAGCGGAUCGUGUUAUGCCAUAAAUUUAUUAACAAAUCACACAAAACAACACACACACAUAUCCUGUGAUACCCUCCACAUCUCUAUUUUAUUAUAUAUGUACAUGACUGUAACUCUACCAUCUCUCUCACUCUAAACUAGCUGCUCCUACAACUCUUCUACAUGCACGCUACUGCUUCUGCUCUCUACUAUACUGCAUACUGUACCGUCUUCUACGCUCUCCUGUCUACUCUUUUACUUGUUGACUCCCAGUUAUCGCUAUAUUUGAUUUAGUUAAACUUUUAUUGAAGAGCGAGCAAGAAUGGUUACUGUAAAAGGCAGCGACGCCCGAGAACAGUCGCAUGAUAGAUUUGCAUCAAUAAUCAAAAUAUAUGGCCAAUCAUAAACAUGCAUUACGGUAUCUGCAAAAAUAUUCAUGGAAAAAUUUCAAGACAGCUGAUUUUAUGCCUAUUCGGUUUUAAAGCCAUAUAUAGCUUUUUUGCUGCUGCGCAUAUGAUUGUACUAUAGAAAGGACUGUCAUCUGUUUGAUUACAUCAAUUGCAGAAACCGCGCUAAUCACAUUUUGGGUUCAUUUGGCCGAAUGCUAUUGAGGGAUCCAGUCGUUAACUGCUGUAGAAAGUGCACUACAUAUGCG